AUGGGGCCCCACCCGGAAUUGAUGCAGUGGCCCCCGGAACUGCAGCUCUUCCUUUCCUGCGUUGCUUUUGAUUUCUUGGGAACACCAACCGCCAGACAUAUAGCCAUGUCAUCUAGAAGGUAUCCAUCCGGUUCUGAGAAAAGGAAGAGGAAGAAACGAGCAGAUGAGUUCAUAGAAACACAGAGAGGAGCCAUGGACAAAUUUUUUUCUAGUAAUUCAAGAACUUCAAGGAAUCAAAAUGAGAUGGCUAUAGUUGCUAUGGAGGAGCAACCUGAUAAUGACCCAGAAGAUCAGGGCUUUACACCAGAAGAAAAUAUUGACACCAAUAGGAAUGAUAACAAUGACCGUCGCUGCCUGAGCCUGAGCCUGUUCCGCAUCCCGGUCAGAGCCUUCAUCGGCGUGUGCUUCUUCAUCGGCGCCCUCGCACUCCUCAUCUGGCUCAUCUACCGGCCCCGGACGAUCCAGGUCGCCGUCGCCACCGCGACGCUCUCCCGCUUCGACCUCAACACCACCGCGUCGACCACCCCGGUGCUGUCCUACAACCUCACGGCGGUGCUGUCCUUCUCGAACCCCAACCGGCGCGUGUCCAUCUACUACGACAAGCUCCAGGCGGCAGGGCUGUACCAGGGCGAGCGCUUCGGCCGCGCCGCGCUACCGGUGUCGUUCCAAGGCACGAGGCGCACGGACGCGGCGCCGGCGCUGCUCGUGGGCAGCUCGCUCGUCGACCUGAACGCCGAGGACAGCAGGGCGGGGGUGUUCCCCGUGGAACUGUGGGUGGACGGGGUGGUGCGGUACAAGUUCGGCGAGCUAACGACCACCACGACCAGCACGCUGACGGUCAAGUGCCACCUGGCGCUGAAGCUGAUGGUGGCGUCGGGUUGGGUCGAUUGCACUGUCAUCGACUUUUGA